AUGAUCAGGAAAUUAUUUAUAAAUAAUUUAUUCAGCAACUCUGCACAUUUUAAAAAUAUCAGAUUAUUCAGUACUGCAAAUUCAACUAUACCUCAAUCAUUACUCGAAAAAAAUAAUCAAUCAAAUAAUAAUAUUUUAAAAACAAAUAAUAAAAUAUUUGAUAUAGAUUAUGUUUUAAAUCAAUAUAAAGCAAAUAAUAAUACCGAUAUAGAAAAAAAUAUAAUUGAAUAUUAUCAAUCAUUUGUCGACGAUUUUGCAAAAAAAGAAACAAAAUUAAUGAAUUGGGAUAUCAGUCAUUGGGCAGCUUUAAAAGGUCAUACUGAAAUCUUAAAAAACUUUAUAGAUUUUAAACAACAACAACAACAACAAAAACAAGAUCAACAAUCUUCAAACUCAAAUGAAAAUAAUAAAAAAUUUUUAAUCAAACAAGAUAAAUUUGGUGUAAAUUCAUUACACAUUGCAAUUCAAAGAGGUAAUUACGAUUUGGCAAUGUAUUUAAUUGAAACUGGUGAAUGUGAUUUAAAUCAAAGAGACACAAAACCUGGUAUAAGAUUAUCUGCAUUACAUUUAGCUAUGAACCAUUCAAAUCCAUCAUACGAAUUAAUUAAAAAAUUAUUAGAGGGUGGUGCAAAUGUUAACCAAGAAACAACCGAAAGACGUACUGUAUUAUUUAGAGCAUCCCAAUUAGGAAGAUUGGAUUUGGUUGAAUUAUUUUUAAAAUUUAAUGCAAAUAUAAAUAUUCAAGAUAAUCCAAAAACAAAUGGUUGGGAAUAUUAUAGAGUUUCAACUCCAUUACAUAUUUCAGUUUCUAAAGGUGACUUUAAUAUUGUUAAAUCUUUAAUUGAAAAUGGGGGUAAUCCAAAUUUAAGAUUAAUGGAUGAUUGUGGUGAAAGUUUACUCCAUGUUGCUGCUUUGAAUGGUGACAUCGAAAUGACAAAGUAUUUAGUGGAAAAAGGUGGGGAUUUAAACCAAUUAGAUUGUUAUGAAGCCACACCAUUGGAUUAUGCAGAAUCAGGCUAUCAAUCAAACAUCCAAUAUAUCAAAUUUUUAAAAGAUAAUUACAAUGUUAAAAAUGGUAAAGGUCGUAAAAUGUAA